CAUUAAGAUCUGAGCAGAAAUGGCUAGUGGAACAUUAAGAGAUGCGGUUCUAAAGUCGCCGAGACAUUUGUACAAAUUUUUAUUAAGGGAAUGCGAAAGAUUGCCGAAGGAUGCACAGUGGUUUUACAAGCAUUCGAUUAAGCAGAGCUUUAAGCAACACGUGAUUGAACCAGACCAAGAACGCGUUCGCCAGAUUAUGGAGAAGGCUGUGAAGGACGCGGAAUGGAUCGUUGACAAGUAUACCAAGUCGAAAGGAACGAAGGGACAAACGAAAUAGUCUGAAUGGUGCAAGAGAUAUCUUAGAGACAAGUUCGUGAAACAAGUAGAGAACA